AUGGUCUCCAAGAAAGCGAAGAAGCAACAAGACUCUAUGAACAGUCGGCUGAAGUUGGUGAUGAAGUCUGGCAAAGCAAUUUUGGGAUACAAACACUCGUUGAAGUCGCUUCGAAAGGGAAAGUCAAAAAUGAUUCUGAUUGCUUCCAACUGUCCACAUCUCAGAAAGUCCGAAGUUGAAUACAUGGCCAUGCUUGCAAAGACACAAGUUCACCACUAUGCUGGUGACAACACUUCUCUCGGAACUGCUUGUGGAAAGUUCUUCAACUGUUCAGUGCUUUCGAUCAUCGAUGGCGGCGAUUCUGAUAUUCUGACCAGUGGCACCAAGGAAUAA